AUGGCGACAGCCUUCAUCUUCUUACCAUUGUUACGGCCAUGCAUCAUGAGCGAGUUGGUCAGCCUCUCGACAAUUGGGCACAGGGCCUUCCUGAACCGCUUGGCCUGGUACCUCCCGGCCGUGUGGGGCAUUGGCCCGGAUAAGCAAUGGGGAAACGCAAUGAUUGAAAAGGUCGUUGAUGCAGAGCUAGAUCGUCGGGCCCAUGUAACCGGAGAAAGAAUGUUGAAAGCAGAGGAUAUUAAUAUCCACGCAUUGGGAAAAGUCGAUAAAGAACCAAGUUACUAUAUAUUUGUCAACGAUGACAAAAUCUUUGACAAAGCCUUCCAAUUAGUCAAUGGAAGUUAA